AUGAGUCAAUAUUCGAGGAUUCCUAAUUCCGAGGAGAAAGAAGAUGUCCAGGUAGUUGCUCUUCAAGUCCCUCCUAGUUCUGAAGAGGCAUCUACUUCCCGCUCUACCAGUCCUAUGCCUACGCCGCCUACACAACUUGAAACCGAAGAGACUAUAGCCUCCACAACUGAAACUACGCCAAUGGUCAACCAAGCUAUAGAAGAACAACCCGUCUCUCAAAGUACUUAUAAGAAUACGAAUAGCAUUAUUUCAGGAUUUCCAAUGUUAAGUAGAAUAAGAAGGACAAUCGCCAGUGCUCAGGCUGCUGUACCAUCCAGUACCGAUGGUGUGUUCUCAAACUUGUCAGCAAAACCCGAAUCAGAGACUGAAAAAGAGGAUGAAAAUCCACCGCCAUAUGAAGCGGCAGCUGCAGAUGCGGCACCACCUUACUGGGAGACAACUGUUAUUACUCCGGGAGUAAAUGGAGAUGAAGUAUUUGUAGAGGGUCUUCCAGUUGGGAACUUCUUUGCGUUUGUGUGGAAUAUGCUUGUUUCAAUGAGCUUCCAGUUUGUUGGGUUUUUACUCACCUAUCUUUUGCACACCAGUCACGCUGCCAAGAAUGGCUCCCGAGCUGGCUUGGGUAUUACUCUGGUUCAAUAUGGAUUUUACCUUCGAGGAAGGUUUAUAGUAGGAUCAAGAGUUUUCCGCAAGAGCAUAAUGUAUACUCCAACAUCGUCUCAGAACACUCAACAGCCUCCCCAGCAGGCCCCCCCACGACCAUCUCCAAGACCUGCACAAACAACACAGCCCGGCAAUCCUCCAGUUACGGACAUCCCAGCACCACGGCCCUAUGGAGAUUGGCUGCCUAAUAAUAAUGCUCAAGGUCGUCUACCCCCACCUCAACCAGAGGUCGCUAGAAUGUUUCCUUCUUUUCCACCUAGACAGCGUCCUGCUUCAACAACCGGCGCCCCAGUAUAUCGUCCACCACAAGGAACCCGUCCUCCUCAAUUAACCGGUCAACCACCGGAGGGUAAUUUCCCACCUGGAUAUGCAGGAGGGAGGCCGUUGCCACAGCCUUUUGGAGGACCGACAAUUACACCAUCUUCGCCGCCCAGGCCUCAGUAUGUCCCUCCGCAAACAGAGCCCCAAGGUGAUAUUCAUAUUAAUGACCUUGGGAAUCAAUUGAGUGGGUUGACUGUCGGGCCAAAUCCCGCUGGCCAAGGGGAUCAAAGACCAGAAACUCAUGAGCAACACACACGGACCCAACAUGGUAAAACACGCCGUAUUCAUUAUCCCUCUGCUUACACAACUACUACACCGACGCAAGCAUACCCACAACCAACCGGCCCUAGCAUUUAUCCGAGUAUACCACCAAAUAAUAUUGGACAACCAGGCAUACCACAGGGUCAACAACCUAUGCCUCCGUCAUACGGGUCGAUGGUCCCGCAAGCUCCAUCUACUGGCCCAGGGAUGCAAUCGGCGCGAUCUUACCCUCGUCCUACACAUCCGAACCAAGCUCUACAAAAACCUCGAAUUGACCCUAAUCAAGUCCCCUCGCCUGUAGCCGUUCGAGAACAAGACCGGCAAGAUUUCAUUAAUGAACCAUAUUUAACUUCAUCAAAAAAGACGGUACCACUAGCAAGCACCGACUUCAGGGCAAUAGAUGAAGGAAACAGCAAUCCGCGGUUUAUGAGGUUAACGUUGUAUUCCAUUCCUCAGACAGAAGAAUUGCUUAAGACAUCCAAUUUGCCAUUAGGUUUGAUCGUUCAGCCGCUGGCCAAGCUGAGAUAUGACGAGACUCCAAUCGAUGUGAUUGAUUUCGGUGAAGAGGGUCCUAUUAGAUGUCGCCGCUGCAAAUCAUAUAUUAAUCCUUUCGUAAUUUUUGUGGAAGGAGGACAGAAAUUUGUCUGUAAUAUGUGUCAAUUUUCAAAUGAAGUACCUCCGGAGUAUUUUUGUAAUUUGGAUUUCAGUGGACGACGAGUCGAUGUAAAUCAGCGACCAGAACUCCUGCGUGGCACAGUCGAAUUUGUCGUGCCCAAGGAAUAUUGGAAUCGACCGCCCUGCCCACUAGCAACUAUAUUUGCCAUAGAUGUCUCUGUCAACGCUGUGAAGAGCGGGAUGCUUGCUAAAUGUGUUGAAGCUAUUCGCGAAGUACUUUAUGGUACAUCAAACAGCGAACGACCUGGCAGUAGGAUUGGUAUUAUGACUUUUGAUAAAGAUGUUCAUUUCUACAAUAUGAAGUCAAGUCUUGAACAAGCUCAAAUGCUAGUCGUUCCGGACGUAAAUGAUGUGUUUGUACCCUUAAGUGACGGUUUUUUGGUCGAUCCUGUUGAAUCGAGAUCUGUGAUAGAGGGAUUAUUGGAAGCUUUGCCCACAAUGUUUGCAGAAACCAACAUUGCUGAACCAGUAUUGGGUGCGGCAGUAAAAGCAGUUUACGCUGCUCUGGUCGAUACUGGCGGAAAGCUGAUAGUAUUCCAAACCACCUUACCUAACUUUGGUCCUGGAGCAAUUAAGUAUCGGGAUGAUCCGAAAUUGUACAAUACAGAGAAGGAAAAAACCCUAUUUGGACCACAAGAUCUUUUUUACAAGAACCUUGCCAUUGAUUGUGUGGAUGCAGGAAUAUGCAUUGAUUUAUUUCUGUUUCCAAAUAGUUAUGUCGAUGUUGCUACUAUAGGUUUGCUUUCAUCAAUAACUGGUGGUGAGAGUUAUUAUUAUCCUAAUUUCAAUUCAUCAAGAGAUGGCGCCAAGUUUGCAUACGAGUUACGACAGAAUGUCACCAGAGAAUUUGGAUACAACGCUCUAAUGAGAAUUCGUUGUUCUAACGGGCUUAAGAUAGUUGAUCAUUAUGGUAAUUUCAACAUGCGCAAUGCGACCGAUGUUGAACUUGCCGGGGUAGAUAGCGACAAAGCGUUUGGGGCACUAUUCAAAUAUGAUGGCAAGCUUGAUGAAAAGACGGAUGCAUACAUUCAGUGUGCCUUACUUUAUACAACCGUUACCGGACAACGAAGAGUUCGAACGCACAAUAUUAGUGUGCCAGUUACAACGUUGCUUGCCAAUGUAUUCAGAUUCGCGAAUAUGGAUACGACAGUGAGCUUUUUGGCUAAACAAGCCGUAUCAAGUACAGUGACAAAACCAUUACGGGAAAUUCAGGAUCAGCUAACUGACAAAUGUGUAAAGAUACUCCUGGCUUAUCGUAGGCAUUGUGCAUCUAUGAGUUCACCAGGCCAAUUGAUACUACCAGAAGCGUUUAAACUAUUCCCUUUGUAUACGCUGACUAUACUGAAAUGUAAAGCAUUACGCGCAGGGACUCUCGCGAGUGAUGCGAGAGUUCAUUCAAUGAGAACAAUAAAGGGCAUGGGAGUGUCGGAAUGCGCAGUGUUACUAUAUCCUCAGAUGCUUUCGAUACAUAACAUGCCGGAAGAAGCUGGAUGUCCAGAUGAAAACGGAAAGAUAAUAAAGUUACCACCACUGAUAAGAGUAUCGUAUGACAGACUUGAAGCAGGAGGCGCAUAUCUAUUGGAGAAUGGCCAGUUUUUGUAUUUCUGGCUUGGCCAACAAUUGUCAUCAGAAUUUCUUCAGGGUGUAUUUGGUGUUGACUCUAUCGACCUCGUGGAUCCCAGACUCUCCGCAUUACCUGAACUUGAUAACACGAUCUCUAGACGGGUUAGAUUCAUAAUGUCCUAUCUACAAACGCAACGAUACAAAUAUUUACAAUUAGUGAUUGUACGAAAUACAUUGGAUGCCUCUGAAAUAGAAUUCAACAAUUUGCUUGUUGAAGAUGAUAACAACGGAGCAAUGUCAUAUGUGGAGUAUCUCUGUUAUAUUCAUAGACAAAUUCAAAGCGAAAGAUCUCCAACAAAAGCACGUCUGCGUAAAGCUGAACGUAGUUUAGAUGAUCAUGUUACUGGGAAGGCCACAAGUCGUUCUGAACAGUCGUACAGUGGUGCUAUUUCUCUUACGCCUCCGCAACAAGGAAGUCAGCAGUCACACAAAUAUGGUUCCCUAUGGCGCUUGUCACCACAACACUUUGCAUUUAUUCUUCUGUUCUGUAUCCGGCUGGCUGCUGCCUUGUUCUCUAACAUCGCCGACUGUGACGAAGUUUAUAAUUACUGGGAGCCCUUGCAUUAUAUGGAAUAUGGCUAUGGAAUGCAGACGUGGGAAUAUUCUCCAGAGUUUUCUAUUCGCAGUUGGGCGUAUAUUAAAAUUCAUUCCUGGACUCUUGCAUUCCUAUUGUUUUUUUUGAGACAUAUAUUCAACUUCGACAAGAUUCGAAUAUUUUAUACGUUGCGUGUGAUUUUCGCCAUCGCUGGAACAUUCUGUGAAUCAAUGAUGUACAGAACAGUAAAGUAUCAGUUUGGUGAACGCGUCGGUCAGUUCUUCUUUUUUGCACUGAUGAUAUCUGCUGGCAUGUGGAAUGCCUCUACUGCCUUCCUUCCUUCUACUUUUACCAUGUAUACGACAAUGUUAGCAUUCACAUACGCGCUACGCCCAGUACAGAAAAUUGUAAACAGGAGGGUGCAAUAUUCUGUCUUUUGGUUUGGUAUUGGUGCACUAUUGGCAUGGCCAUUCAGUGCAGCAAUAGGCAUUCCUUUUGUAAUAGAAGAACUAUUCAUUAGUGGACACGAUUUGAGAACAUGGGAACGUGAUAAUAAUGUAUGGAUAUGGAAUAGACUUAAACGAUUAGUCCUCGCAUCCUUAUUGGCAAGUGCAGGCAUUCUGUCGUUCAUCAUUGGCGUCGACUUCUAUUACUACAACAAGUUUACUGUGGUUCCACUAAAUAUUGUUAUGUACAAUGUAUUUGGUGGCAAAGAUCGCGGUCCUGACAUAUAUGGUGUAGAGCCAUGGCAUUAUUAUCUAUUUAACGGUUGCUUGAAUUUCAACUUUCUUUUCAUUUUAGCACUUGGAAGUUUACCCAUACUGGCGAUAACGUUUUUUCGUGAUUUUGGUCGCAUAGAAGCUGCCUCGAAUACGGCUAAUCCCAAAUAUCCAUAUGUCAUUCUUCUUAUCCGAUUAGUACCAUUCUAUCUCUGGCUACUUAUAUUCACAUUACAACCACAUAAGGAAGAACGGUUCUUAUUUGUUGCGUAUCCUCUAGUGUGUCUGAAUGCAUCAAUAGCGUUGUUUCUGAUGCGAAGUUGGUUAUCAUCGGCAUUUGUAUAUUUUCUUCCUAAAUACAAAGGGAACAAAAAAUAUAAUAGGAUGUGUACAACUGUUGUUACAGUGAUCGUUUUUAUUAUAGCUGGAUUAACAUCUUUCUCGCGCGUAUUGGCACUUUAUCAUUAUUAUCACGCACCGUACUCAUUGUAUGAGCAUUUUUAUCGCGUAGAAAUACCACAACAAUUGGAUUCACAGACUUUAAGGCCCACUUACACCAAUCCCAUCAAUAUGUGUGUUGGGAAAGAAUGGUAUAGAUUUCCCAGUCAUUAUUUCCUGCCCGAAGGCGUCCGCUUGAGAUUUUUGAAAUCAGAUUUCAGCGGACAAUUGCCUCAAUAUUUCUUAGAAAGUGUCGAGAAAAACAGUGAAGGACAGUUCACGAUUAAUGACAAACGCGACGGAACAUGGAAAACUCGGUCUGGAUUCAAUGAUAGAAAUAAAGAAGAGAUGGGUAGAUACGUUUAUGAUAGCCAGUGCGAUUAUCUCGUUGAUCUUGAUUUAAAUGUCACCAAAACGAGUCCGCUUGAGCCAAGAUAUGUAACACAGACGGAUAAAUGGACAAUAGUAAGGUGCUAUCGCUUUUUGGACAAAGAUCGUUCGAGCAUGCUUGGUCGAAUAUUAUACGUACCAGCGUCGGUUUGGGGCAAUGAGUAUAUUAAGAUGCUGAUGGAAAUGUUCAACUCCACACCACUACGUUGGGCUGAUUACUGUCUUCUCAAGAGGAAGGGUUUAUAA